AUGUACUUGAUGAACGUAACUCCAGUCGCGGCUAUUCACACAGAAUGGAAGUCAUCGUGUGGCGGUCCGCCCAGAGGCUUUAGCGGUCUGCCCAUCUGCUUCAAUGACUCUGACAGCGACUUGUCCACUACUGGAACACCCAUCCCAGAGAAGGUCCAGAUGAUCAUAGAGAGCCUAAGGAGCACCCAGUCCUCACUCGACAUGGGCGAUGAGACGGAGGGGAACCAGGUGCUAUCAGGAAAACCAGGACAGGAGGCCGGAGCCCGCGGCUCCCAGGGCCAGGGCUACAAUGCCCGGAGGGGGCCUCACGUGGUGAUGGGGCCCAAGCCCAAAUUCAGAGGCCCUCUUCCUGCCACUCACAUUGAUAACUUGCUGGCAGUGCCAGAAGUUUCCUCAAAUGUUGAUUCGGAGAGCCAGAGUUCUGACAGCGAUGACUCUGUGGAUAGAGGGAUCGAGGAGGCCAUACAGGAGUACCUGAAGGAAAAGGAUGACCACAAACGCAAGGCCGAGCCAGAGCCUUCUACUAAUAUUCUACAGCCACCCAAGAUGCCACGGAGGGAGUCUCCUCCAACCGUUCCGGAACCUCCCAAACAACAAUCCGACAGCAAUAAGAUUUUAACUGCCAGCAACCAGGUCCCGAGAAGUGUCAAAACAGAAACGCAAAACACCACACCCCCGCCCAUGAAAACACUUGUAAAAAGUAAGACACCCACCUGCAAAGAGAAUCCCUUUAAGAAAUUGGACACAACAAGCAAAGCAGCGGUGGUCAAAAAACUGUCCUCUUUCGAAGAGAAGAGAGGCCCCUCUAAUUCAAACCCUCUUUCUGACAAACUGAAGUGUCCUGUGGUGAAAGCUGUGAAGGUGGAGGAACACUUAUCUGACAGUGGCAGCAGUAGUGAUGACGGCAUAGAGGAGGCUAUUCAACGCUACCAGCAGGAGAAGCAGGAAGAGAGACAUGAAGGAGGAGGCAGACAGUCCUCCAAACCCCUUCUUCUCAAAGAGGAGUCAGACUUCAGCAGCAGCGAUGAUGGAAUAGAGGAGGCUAUCCGCCACUACCAGCUGGAGAAGCAGAAAGAGAAGAGUGCACCCAAGCUCUCUCUAUCUCUACCCCCCAAACAAAAGCAAGUGAGUAAAGCAGCCACUUCCCUGCACUGUCCAGAGAGCACCAGCACUCAGGCAGCGGCCAUGAAAAAACACAAACUGUCUAAAAAUAAAAAGAAUAAACCUGAGACUAGGGAUGUAAAAUCCUAUCUACCCUCACAAACUCCAGGUUCCUCACUCUCUCUUAUCAAAAAGAGGUUAGCAGCUAGCAGCCCCAAAGGCAAAGGGAAUGGCCUCCUCCUCUCGACUCAAGUGGAGCCCCUGCGAGAGAGGGAGCAGGGGCAGCACACCACCCCAGGCCCAGCCACCCUGAAGGUGAACACCAUCACCACCACCCCAGGCCCAGCCACCCUGAAGGUGAACACCAUCACCACCACCCCAGGCCCAGCCACCCUGAAGGUAAACACCAUCACUACCACCACAGCUGAGUUGAUGUGUGCUGAGGCCAUUCUGGACAUCUCUAAAGCUGUCAUCAAAAUUCCAGAGGCCUUUAACCCUAACGCAGCAGCAGCAGGCCUUAUCAAUAUCAACAGCAGCUCCACAGAGUCCACCACCACCACUUCCCUCCUCAUCUCCACAAACUGCCCUGAUGAUAAUAAUAAAAGUGAUAAUGAGAGCUCCAUUGACAGUGAGGAGGGGAUCGAACAGGAAAUCCGGAAGUUUCUCGAGCAGAAGGCCCAAAUGCACAAACUCUCACCUGGGCCUGAUUCAGCUGUUGGUACUACAAGUCCGGAUGCAACUAACACUACGACAGAACCAGAGAACACCACCAAACUGAGUCUUGCCCAGAAGAAAACACUGAGGCUGUCUUUGACGCCGAGAAGAAAGCGCAAAGAGGAAGGCAGCAGCAGGAAGGGUUCCAAGGAGGAACGAGAGACUGAUCUCAAAAUGAAAGAAGAGGCAGUCACAAAACCCUUGACCGAGCAUGACAGAGGGUCAAGCUCAUCCGUGUCAUCCCUGAAGAAAGCCCCACUGAAAUCAGUGAAGGGCUCAGAGAGGAGGAGGGAACAGAGUGGAGAGAAGAGUAGCUCACUGGACAGUGACGAAGACUUGGACACUGCAAUAAAAGACUUGCUCAAGACAAAGAAGAAGUUGAAAAAGAAGACUAGAGAUAUGAAGUUGAAGUCAAGGAAGGGCCUCAAGGAUGAUGAGCAUUUGUCUAGAAAAACAGCAUCGCCGCUAAAGAAGCUCAGAAAGGAGCCUGAACCCAAGACCAUCAGUCUUUUGAAAACUAGCCUUGAAGUCACUACAACUCCUACCGCCCAGAGUGGGAACGACAACAGAGAGAAGUGCAAUGUGAGUAAGAAUGUGUCAAAGCAUCCACAGAGCAAUAAGAAGAAGGAGCCCCUCAACCAGGCAUAUGAGACAGACCGAUCUGAAGGGACAAGAGGUGUAGGAGGCCUAUCGGGAGAUAAUAACCCAGUGGUGUUUCAGAUAAAGGAAGAUAGUAGUUCAGUGGACAGCGACGACAGCAUUGAACAGGAGAUCAGAAAGUUCCUGGCGGAAAAGGCUAAAGUUUCUACUAACACUGUGAAAACAGGAGAUGGAAAGGAGAUUGGGAACGACAAGGGCAAAACUACAGGCCCUCUCACAGAGAAACUCAUCAAAACGGAAAAUCAGCUGGCUGAAAUUCCAAGAAUGGACGUUACUCAAUUCCCUGACCUGCCUCGUCAGAGCAGUUCUGAUCAGAGAGGAGUUCCGGACAGAGGAGUCUUUCCAAACACACCCCCGGGAAACCCCAACCCCACCUCCACCCUAGAAACAGCCAGGGGAUCGUGCCUCCUUUCAACCCUCACCCCCAGCUCCUAUCCUACAGCCCUGGAGCCUGCCGAUGGGGCUGCCAGAGCAGAGAAGAGGAGGAGAUCCAGUUUGGGUUCAGGAAGCGGUGAUGCCCCCCAGAGUGCCAGCUCAGAGGUGGCAAGGGGUCACAGCAACAGGUCAUUUCCAAGCCCCAGCACCCGCUUGCCCAGGACUGACUCAGAGCAGUGGUUGAAGAGCCAAGUGUUCCCCCCCAUUGAGACAAAAGAGAAGAUCCAUAACCGGAACCCAUUCCAGUACAGCUCACCUAGUUUCGGUGAGAAGACAGCCACCACGCCAGCGUAUCAGUGUGGAGUAUCAGCCAGUAUCUAUCAACAUCGGAGGAGUGCUGAGCCUGCACCUGCAUUGGACACACCGGUCUCCACCUGUCGUGAUGUUGUACGGAUUGGGAGCAUCAUCAGAUCACCACUGGUUCCUUUCCACCGCCCCUCAUCCUCAGAGACGGCCGUCGUCUUCAGCUCCCCGUUCCCCAGCCUAACCAGGAGACCUGUGGAGACAGGGCCGUCAGGGAGGUACUUCCUCCAGGGUCAUGGGUCAGGGCCGGGCAGCGGUUGGGGUCAAUCUCCAAUCCUGACCCCCGGGCUGUCGGACAGCAGCGUGGUAAACGUGAACGUAAACCAGACCACGUUUGUCGAACUGUCCAGGAACAAGACCAACCACGUACAGGUCAGGAGCAGGGAAGUGACAAUGAUUGAGGGAAAGGAGGAAAGGAGAAGCAACUUGUCAGCAGGAGAGAAGGAAAGAGAAAGGGAGAGCAGAAAGCCAGAGGAGAGAGGAGGAGAGCAGAUAGGAAGACGAGGAGAGGAGGAGUGUGUAGAUGAGACAGAUGUCAGCGAGUCAGACGAGAGGACGAGCCCAGAGAAGAAGCAGGGCUUUCCUACUUUGUAAGUACAGGCUUUUUCCUUGUUUAUAACUUCACAUAGCCUUUUUUUUUAGUUAGCCUAUUGAGUGUGCCCUCCUUCCUAGAGGAUAUCAUGUCAAUUCAAGUACAUUCGUUCAUUCGUAGGUUCCAUGGGAUUGUUUGUUUGUUGUUGAUACACAAAAUGAGCAUAGUACAAAGCUUAUUUUUAUAUGUUUGUACAUUUAUACAUCUAUUUAAAAUACUAUAACACAAUGUAGUCAAGAAUUUAAGACUAAAACCUUCCUUUUUUCAUUUGUGCUCUGAGAUUCCAUUUUCUUUUACAUUCUUAUCAUUCAAACCCUUAAAAGCAAUAUCAGCCACCACCCUGGACCAACAAGCCUAGUGCAUGAAUGUUCAUACCACCAAUGCACAGCUGUGUGUGUCUGGUCAUUUAUUACAGGAACUGAGAUGGUCAUUUUUGUCUCACUGACAUUUUUUAAAAGAUGCAACACUUUCAAACCCUAUCAAAUAUAUAAGCCUAACAACCCUCAAAUACUAUACAAGUACAAUAAAAUGUUGGGUCAAAUACAGAACAAUAAAGACAUAAUUUUAACAAGGAGGAGUGAUGUAGAAGUGUUUUGUAGCUCCAGGGAUGAGUGGCUUAAAGGGACUCCUUUUUAAAAUGCAAAUACUUCAAACUCUGUAUUCAAACAGCCUAAUAUUCCUGUGUGUGUCUGUGUUCCCUUACCCUCGUUGUAAUUUCUUUGCAUUCUAACAGUCUUCCCCAUUUAAUGACACGAAUGCAUGGAAACAAAAAAAUGAUCAUUCUCAUAACAAGCCCUUAUCAUAAGGAUUCUGUCAGCAGUGGUUAAAUUAGCAAAAGCGACUAACCUCCUGUCACGAAUGCUGUUUUUACACAUGCUUUCUGUGUAUUUGCUCUGUUUUGUCUCUGAUUUAAAAUAUACAAGUUCUUUCCAAAUUUUUGUGGCCUAUCAUGAAGAGUUGUCCUCUUUACAAUCAUAGGCACAUUGCCCAUAUCAAUGGAUAAUUUCCUGCUCACAAACUGUCAACAGCGCACACACAAACUCAUCGGGCUCUUCGUGUUUCUGCACUUGCCAAUUGGUGUUUCGUUUUUUGUUUGUUUGCUUGUUUUAUGUUCUAGUAGUUUUCUUGAAUUUUCAUAUGUGAAAAGAAUGUUAUUUAUUUUUGUUUAUGGGAAAAAAAAGGAGGAAAAAAUACUUACUGAACAUGCUGUGCAUCGCCAGUUUUCAUAAAUAUUUUGCAAGAAUUUAACUUUCCCCCGUUUUCCAUGUCAGAGGAAAGACACUUUGACUGUAUCUUUAAAGUGUAACUGUGUAAUAAAGAGUGAAUUUCAACAACAGUGGUGCCUCUUAUCUAAUUGAACAUACCGUAUGUGAAUAAUUAACACUAAAUUUAAGAUUGAUAUGGUCAAUAUGAGUGUGUGUGCAUGUAUUUGUGAACCAAUGAGAAAAUGUCAAAAGAUAAUCAUAUGGUAUUUUAAAAUAGUUUAAUAUCAAAAUAUAGCCCCAACAAUAUAAGAAACAUACCUUGAUAUUGCUCAACAUAGAUGGACCAUGGAUUUACAUUUUAGUCAUUUAGCAGACGCUCUUAUCCAGAGCGACUUACAGUUAGCGCAUACAUUUUCAUACUGGAAUCGAACCCACAACCCUGGCGUUGCAAACGCCAUGCUCUACCAACUAAGCUACAUCCCUGUCGGCCAUUCCCUCCCCUACCCUGGACAACGCUGGGCCAAUUGUGCGCCGCCCCAUGGGUCUCCCGGUCACGGCCGGCUACGACAGAGCCUGGAUUCGAACCAGGAUCUCUUUUAUUUUUUUAUUUUUUUUUAUUUAACCUUUAUUUAACCAGGUAAACCAGUUGAGAACAAGUUCUCAUUUACAACUGCGACCUGGCCAAGAUAAAGCAAAGCAGUGCGAUAAAAACAACAACACAGAGUUACAUAUGGGGUAAAAAAAUAAAUAAUAAUCAAAAAUACAACAGAAAAUAUAUAUACAGUGUGUGCAAAUGUAGCAAGUUAUGGAGGUAAGGCAAUAAAUAGGCUAUAGUGCAAAUUAAUUACAAUUAGUAUUAACACUGGAAUGCUAGAUGUGCAAGAGAUUAUGUGCAAAUAUCUCUAGUGGCACAGCUAGCACUGCGAUGCAGUGCCUUAGACCACUGCGCCCCUCGGGAGGGCAUGCAUGCAUCACAGAAGAGCUCUUCAAGAUGUACCUACCAGCUGCUGCUACUCAGGACACUUGCCACUGGAGGAAUGUGGAUUGCUUUUAAACAACAAUAUCUACAGUGCCUUCAGAAAGUAUUCAUACCCCUUGACUUGUUUGUUGUGUUACAGGGUGAAUUCAAAAUCGAUUAAAUACUUUUUUUCCCCUCUCUCACCAAUCUACACACAAUACCCCAUAAUGUUUUUAGAAAUUGUAGCAAAUUUUGUGAAAAUAAAAUACAGAAAUAUCUCAUUUACAUAAGUAUUCCCACCCCUGAGUCAAUACUUUGUAGAAGCACCUUUGGCAGCGAUUACAGCUGGGAGUCUUUCUGGGUAAAGGCAUCCGUAUGCUUCCCAGCCGAAACAGUUCGAAAGAGUUCAUGCAUAUAUUAUGAUGACAUUUUGUGACUUUGUUUUUGUUUGUUUUGGACUUCAGUGGGGUUUUCUGGGCUGUUCGAGCCCACACAUGUUUUUGUGGAGGCAAGAUGAAGUUCGGAGCCGAAGUCUACGCUCCUUCGUCACUGAUUGGUCAAAAGUAGGGAUUCUUCAAUAAAGUCUUCGUCAUUCAAUGAGAGACGGCUCGUUUUCGUUCACAUUUUUCCGUUGACGAACUGAAGCAUGCUCACGCCUUAAGUCUAAGAGCUUUCCACACCAGGAUUGUGCAACAUUUGUCCAUUAUUCUUUUCAAAAUUCUUCAAGCUCUGUCAAAUUGGUUGUUGAUCAUUAUUGGACAACCAUUUGCAGGUCUUGCCAUAGAUUUUCAAGUAGAUUUAAGUAAAAACUGUAACUCAGCCAUUCAGGACUAUUCACUUCUUGAUAAGCAACUUGAGUGUAGAUUUGGCCUUGUGUUUUAGGUUAUUGUCCUGCUGAAAGGUGAAAUAAUCUCCCAGUGUCUGGUGGAAAGCAGACUGAAUCAGGUUUUCCUCUAGUAUUUUGCCUGUGCUUAGCUCCAUUCCAUUUUUUUUUGUAUCCUGAAAAACUGUGGAGAGUGGUACUCAGUAAUGUGCUAUAUUGGAUUUGCCCCAAACAUAACAUUUUAUAUUCAGGACAAAAAAUGAAUUGCUUUGCCAAAUUUUUUGCAGUAUUAAUUUAGUGCCUUGUUGCAAACAGGAUGCAUGUUUUGGAAUAUUUUUAUUUUGUACAGGCUUCCUUCUUUUCACUCUGUCAAUUGGGUUAGUAUUGUGGAGUAACUACAAUGUUGUUGAUCCAUCCUUAGUUUUCUCCUAUCACAGCCAUUAAACUCUGUAACUGUUUUAAAGUCACCAUUGGCCUCAUGGUGAAAUCCCUGAGUAGUUUCCUUCCUCUACGGCAACUGAGUUAGGAAGGACGCCUGUAUCUUUGUAUUGACUGGGUGUAUUGAUGCACCCUCCAAAGUGUAAUUAAUAACUUCACCAUGCUGAAAGGGAUAUAUUCAAUAUCAGAUUUUUUUUUACCCAUCUACCAAAAAUUGCGAGGCAUUGGAAAAGCUCCCUGGUGUUUGUGGUUGAAUGUGUGUUUGAAAUUCACUGCUCAACUGAGGGACCUUACGGAUAAUUUUAUGUGUGGGGUACAGAGGUAGUCACUCAAAAAUCAUGUUAAACACAAUUAUUGCACAGAGUGAGUCCGUGCAACUUAUUAUGUGACUUGUUAGGCACAUUUUUACUCCUGAACGUAUUUAUUAGGCUUGUAAUAACAAAGGGGUUUAAUACCUAUUGACUCAAGACAUUUCAACUUUUCAAUUUUAGUUAAUGUGUAAACAUUUCGAAAAACAUAAUUCCACUUUGACAUUAUGGGGCAUUGUGUGUAGCACAAAAUCUUAAUGUAAUCCAUUUUAAAUAAGGGCUGUAACACAACUAAAUGUGGAAAAAGUAAAGGGGUGUGAAUAUUUGCUGAUUGCACUGUAUGUAACCCUUGCUAUAUUGUCCAUGUACAUGACUCAUUUAGCUCAUGUUAAAGGCCUCAGUCUCCUCCUACUUUCCUCUCAUUAUUGUAUUAAAUCAAAGUUACUCAGCAGUACCUUGGGCCCAGAUACAUUUUAUCAACAGACAGAUUGGAAGACAUGAAUGAGAAACUCCAAGGCCUCUCCUUGAUUUCUUAACAUCUCCCUCUGGUAACAGCAUGUAACUCUGUUCUGCGGCUAGACCAUUUACAUUUCUCUACUGUUGAGAUUGAGAAUUAUAUGAUCAUACUAUAGGACUCAUGAUUUGCAUAACGUGUAGUGCAUAAGCAGUGUCAAUCACUGUUUAAGGAGUAUGGAAAUGAGGCUGUCUUUAAUUAAUCUUGCUCAGUCUGAGCAGAUUGUCCAAUCUCCAAAUUAUAAUUAGUAGUCAGUCUGCUGUUGCCGGCUGCAAUGUAGCCAGUCUAAAACAUGCACUGAUGCUACUUCCCCUGCCUUGCCCCAGGUCUCUAUCCAGCGCCAUUGAUCCUGGUGUCGACCUCAGCCCUUACAUAGCACUGAACACAGAGGAGAGGAGCAAGAGGUUCAGAUGGAUGUGUAAAGCAGUCGCUGUAAAGCAGCCAAAGGUACAGUGACAUACAGGGACCGUUCAGCCUGUUGCACACUGCCCAUACAAUGCCAAACAAACACCAACAAAAAAACUGAGUUGGCUAGGUGUGCCCCUAUGUGUUGGAUAUUGUAUGGGCAUUGUGCAAGGGGCUUUAGAGUGUGUUCUAAUUUGCCAGGAAUAGGUUUGUGAUGAAUUGGGGUUUGUUGACUUGGUUUGUUGACAAUGGAAUCUUUCGGGUGCUUUUUUUCUUUAGACCAAGAUUGAGAAACCUGUCAAGAGGGUGCUCCAAUUUCUACCACUAUCC